CCAGAGAAAUCUCCACUCGUUCACUAACUAUUCUUCUCCUUCUUAAUAGAAAAUCCUCUUCACUGAACCACGUUACAUUCAUUACAAAAUCUCAGUGAGAAGAAGAAAACGACAAUGGGCAUCGUAAACGACAACGUCACAGCCGGGGAGGACUUCAAACUGGUGGGAUUCUCUAAGUUCGUCCGUACGAAUCCCAAGUCGGACCGUUUCAGUGUGAAGCGGUUCCACCAUGUCGAGUUCUGGUGCGGCGACGCUACCAACACCUCUCGCCGCUUCUCCUGGGGCCUCGGCAUGCCUCUCGUCGCCAAGUCUGACCUCUCCACCGGAAACUUCUCUCAUGCCUCCUACCUCCUCCGAUCCGGUGACCUUCAAUUCCUCUUCACUGCCCCCUACUCACCCUCCAUCGCCACCGACUCCACCUCUUCCGCUUCCAUACCCACCUUCGACCGCUCCACCUUCCUUUCCUUCUCCGCUUCCCAUGGUCUCGCCGUCCGUGCUGUGGCUGUCGAGGUAGACGACGCCGAGGUUGCCUUCGCCAAUAGCGUCGCCCACGGAGCCACUCCUUCCUCUCCUCCCUUAACCCUCGGAGACGGCGCCGUCAUCUCUGAGGUACGCCUCUACGGCGACGUCGUUUUGCGCUACGUCAGCUACAAAACCCAGGACCCGAACCCGAACCCGAGUUUGUGCUUCCUACCCGGGUUCGAGCCCGUGGUUGCAGAAUCGGAACCCUUGGACUUUGGGAUCCGAAGGCUGGACCACGCAGUGGGCAACGUUCCCGAAUUGGUACCCGCGGUGUCGUACGUGAAGGCAUUCACGGGUUUCCAUGAGUUCGCCGAGUUCACGGCGGAGGACGUCGGGACGAGUGAGAGCGGGCUUAACUCGAUGGUGCUGGCGAACAACGAAGAGACGGUACUUUUCCCGAUGAACGAGCCGGUGUUUGGAACGAAAAGGAAGAGUCAAAUUCAGACAUAUCUGGAGCACAACGAAGGGGCUGGCGUUCAACACUUGGCUCUGUCUAGCGAUGACAUAUUCAGAACGCUGAGGGAGAUGAGGCGGAGAAGUGGGUUGGGUGGGUUCGAAUUCAUGCCUUCGCCACCGCCAACUUACUAUAAGAACCUCAAGAAUCGAGCUGGGGAUGUGUUGACAGAGGCUCAGAUAAAGGAGUGUGAGGAGUUGGGGAUUUUGGUGGACAGGGAUGAUCAGGGUACUCUGCUCCAGAUUUUCACCAAACCACUGGGAGAUAGACCAACCAUAUUCAUCGAGAUAAUACAGAGAGUAGGGUGCAUGAUGAAGGAUGAUAAAGGCAAGCUGUACCAGAAGGGUGGUUGUGGAGGUUUUGGAAAGGGUAAUUUCUCAGAGCUCUUUAAGUCCAUCGAGGAGUAUGAGAAGACACUUGAAGCCAAAGUCGUUGCCUAAAUCAUUCAUUCAUUCAUUUAUUCUAAUAAUAAGUUUCAGAAGCCAUAAAACACAAAAUCAUAUUGUGCAUACGAACUUCCUCAUAUGCGAUGAACUAAGCUCUAGUUAUGCAGAUCUUAACAAUUAAAUGUUGCCUUUUUUUUGAACUCUUUUAGGAAAAUAAUUUUACAGUUGCGAACCCUUUGCUCCUUUGGAUUAUAUCUACUUAGUAACAAGUGCACAUGAAUAUGCCUUGUGGUAAUA